AUAGGUGACCAAGGGACUCACAUCAUGGCUUCUUACUCUGAAGACCAGCUGGCAGAAUUUCAGGAAGCAUUCCAGCUCUUUGAUUCUCGUGGGGAUGGAAAGAUCCAUGUAACACAGAUUGGAGAUGCACUUAGAGCUCUUGGACAGAAUCCCACAGAGUCAGAUGUAAAAAAGUUUACACAUCAACAUAAGCCAGAUGAACGAAUUAGCUUUGAGGUGUUCUUACCAAUCUACCAGGCCAUUUCAAAGAGUCGAAGUUCAGACACUGCUGAUGACUUUAUUGAGGGGCUUCGUCACUUCGAUAAGGAUGGCAAUGGUUUCAUCUCCUCAGCUGAGCUUCGCCACCUCUUGAGUACUCUAGGUGAGAAAUUGACAGAUGAAGAAGUGGAGCAGCUGCUAAUGGGGCAGGAGGACUCACAGGGUAACAUCAACUAUGAGGAAUUUGUGCGCAUGGUGAUGUGCGGCUAGGAAAUGAAUUAGGGGGGACUUUGUGUCUGAUGACAGCGUGGAAUUGGACUUGGAAGUAAUCAGAAUUAUUUAUUGGGUUUGGUUGUCUGAUUUCGAACUCUUUCAUUUUAAAUUACUAAGUGUCUGUUCACAGCCAAAUGAGAUAAUUGCUUUUGUCUUAAAUAUAACAUAUUCCAUUUCUGAUGAGAAGUAUUUCGUUCAUGAACAGUCACUGAUCUUGAUUUAUGGUGUCUUCCAAUUCUGAACAGAUAAAAGAGGACCUACAAAGGACACAGUAAUAAGUAGCCUAUAAUAUGUAUAUUUUCUUUAUAAUAAACAGACUUUUUUGUCAAAGUGUUCUAAA